AUGGCCAACGUCGAUGCAGCAAUAGUAGAAUCAUCGGGGAGGCCCAUCGAACUCUCGUUCCCUCUCCCAAAAUCACCAGACACCAGAAUUUACAUUCGACUCACCAUCCAGGCGACAUCCCUCCUCCUCCUCACAACUGCCAUGAAUGGCGACACCUCGAGAGCCGCACCCCUGGGAUCAUUCGUUUACGCCCUCCCCGAUAGAAUGAAUCCCGGCCAAACCAUCUCGACCCCGCUCUUCACCUACGAAUCCUCCAUCGAGUUCACCACCCGCCUAGCUAGACUACUUGCACGGAGAACGGGAAAACCGGUCUAUGUGGGAAAUUCUAUAAGCUUCGCGAGCGCUGGACUGGGCGGUACUGUGGAUGAGGAGAUGGAAGGAUUCAAAAAGGUUGUGGAGGUUGUAAUGGAUGAAGUCCGGAAGAGUGAGGUGCAAGAACUUGUUAAUGGGAGCUGA